CAUCUGUGGAAACACCAUUAAGUUCUAGAGAACAUAAUCUACUGUACAGUAUGCUUAGGAUCCGCAUUCACUCACUGUUUAAUAUCAAAUCAUACCGGCUGCACUUUUAGACAAAAUUGACUCCUGGAAAACGGUAUAAUCGAUUAUAUUUUAAUCUUGAUAGAUGAAAUGCAUCGAGAAUGUUCCUGGGUAUUAAAGGCAAGUGUCAGGUUAAACUUGGAAAGCACGAGACCACUUUCACUGGCAGAGCGCUCAGUCCCUCUAACAUCAGCUGAGUUUUUGCGGCGAAUUUUGAAAAUGACGCAAGGGAUGACCGCGACCAAUCAGAGCUCAGAACGGAGAUUGACAUGUAAAUGACUUUGCCUUUUAAGGGCAAGUCUCCGCCCUCGUCAAGUCCACGCUUGUCCCCCCCGAGAGCGCUGGAGCCGCGGAACCCGAGAGAAGGUGCGCUCCGCUGGGACACAGGAGGCAUAAAGAGACGGGGAGGGAGGGAAUGAGAUUUCUUGCUACCCAAUCCCUCUUUUCCCCAGGGACAGCAAGCCUUCCCUGGUCCAUCCCUCCCUCUUGUUUGGUAAUCAUUUCAUUUUACUCCUUUUUGAAGCAGUCGCCCGUUUUAUCCCACUUUUCAUUUCACAAUCCCGUGCGCGUCUGUUCGCCUUCUUCUUCAGAGCAAGUUCGCGUUCUCCCCUCGUUCUCCCCGCGACGAGAAGGUCUGCUUGAUCCCGGCUGAUCGUUUCCUUUGAGAUGCUCCACAGCUCUUGCCUUCUCUCCACCCUCUUUUAACUAGAGACCGGUUAAUCUUGAGUGAACUGAACUUGGGUUUGGAAUCUAAAAGAAAGAGGAACACCCAAAGGGAUACGGCAGCGCGUCUUUGGAUAAGGACCUCUUUCCCCUUGUUGCACUUUGGGGAAGAUUUUUUCCCUUUCAGUUGGUUUUUGUUAAUCCAGGUGGUGCAGGAGGAUUAUUCCACUCGAGCUGGUGUAGAGAGACAUCCCCCAGAAGGCUAUUUUCAUGUUCUCCAUCCAGGACGGUCUCCCACGGGGAGCCUUGACCAUGAAAGAAGAGCCCCUUACGAGUGGCAUGACGCCGGUGCGCUCUUGGAUGCAGAGCGCGGGGAUACUGGAUGCCAACACAGCUGCGCAAAGUGGUGUGGGUUUGGCAAGAGCCCAUUAUGAGAAGCAGCCUCCAUCGAACCUGCGCAAGUCAAACUUCUUCCACUUUGUGCUGGCCCUGUAUGACCGGCAGGGACAACCCGUCGAGAUCGAGAGAACCUCCUACGUGGAUUUUGUGGAAAAAGACAAAGAAUACAAUGGUGAGAAGACCAACAAUGGCAUCCACUACAGGUUACAGCUUCUCUACAGCAACGGUAUCAGGACAGAACAGGAUCUGUACGUUCGAUUAAUAGACUCCAUGACUAAACAGCCAAUCCUUUAUGAAGGCCAAGACAAAAACCCAGAGAUGUGUCGCGUUCUCCUCACCCAUGAGAUCAUGUGCAGCCGGUGUUGUGACAAGAAGAGCUGCGGGAAUCGAAAUGAGACGCCAUCCGAUCCUGUCAUCAUUGACAGAUUUUUCCUGAAAUUCUUCCUCAAGUGUAAUCAGAACUGUUUGAAAAAUGCAGGAAACCCCAGAGACAUGAGGCGAUUUCAGGUGGUGGUGUCCACCACAGUGAAUGUGGACGGCCAUGUCCUGGCCGUGUCAGAUAAUAUGUUCGUCCACAACAACUCCAAACAUGGGCGGAGGGCGCGACGCCUGGACCCUUCUGAAGCAGCCACUCCAUGCAUUAAGGCCAUCAGCCCCAGUGAAGGAUGGACGACUGGGGGGGCGACCGUCAUCAUUAUUGGGGACAACUUCUUCGACGGAUUACAAGUGGUCUUCGGCACAAUGCUGGUUUGGAGUGAGCUCAUCACACCUCACGCUAUCCGGGUGCAGACGCCCCCUAGACACAUCCCUGGGGUCGUGGAGGUCACACUCUCUUACAAGUCCAAGCAAUUCUGCAAAGGAGCUCCGGGACGCUUCGUCUACACAGCUCUGAAUGAACCCACCAUAGACUAUGGUUUCCAGAGGCUACAAAAGGUCAUCCCUCGUCACCCUGGAGACCCAGAGAGGUUACCUAAGGAGGUACUGCUGAAGAGAGCCGCAGACCUGGUGGAGGCGCUGUAUGGGAUGCCUCAUAACAAUCAGGAGAUCAUUUUAAAGCGUGCUGCAGACCUGACGGAGGCGCUGUACAGCGUGCCGCGGAGCCAUAACCAGUUGCCCUCGCUGACAGGCUCCAGCGCUCACUCAGGCAUGAUGGGAGUUAACUCUUUCAGCAGCCAGCUCGCCGUCAACAUCUCUGAGGCCUCACAGGGAGACCAAGCCUAUCACUGGCUUACAGCCCACAGCAAACGAUUUUACAAUCAAGACUCGACUGAAGGUACUUCAUUUACACACAGUUCAAGGGGCAUUAUUAAUUGUGUUAAUAUUUUUAUCACACUAUUUUCUUUUGAAUUAAUUUGUCUAAUGUGUUGCGUUGACAGCCCUACAGCGUGUUUGACUGGUUCUGAUUGAGACAUGAUUUCAUGACUUCACGAAACUCGAAGCUACUCGAAAAACUCAACACUUAAAUUCAGUCACACAGUCUGUCAGUCCGUGUCUGGAUCUGUUCCACUGUCUUUUGGUGAGCUUCACACCCAAGUACAGCCACGGACCAGCAACACUGUACAUGACGAUCACAUGGCUGUGUUUUGGCAGGCCUGUCACCCACAGCACUCAAAACUGUCACUCACACUCACCUGCCCAUAGAAACGACACAUUCAUCGGAGUGAGUCUGUGUGUGUACACACUCCCUGUCACUCCUGAGAGAAGUGUGAGCGGCACAGGCUGUGAACGAGCUGAGAGACUCAGGAUGACAGCGCUACAAGAAUCAAACACGUUAUUUGCAAAUGCAAACGCUGUUUAUGUCGGUGUAUUAAAACCAAGAUUAGCAAUUACAAUUCUGAGAGUUGGAGAGUUAAAUUUCCUUUUGAAAUAUAUUCAAAUAGAAAAAAUACUUUAAAAAAAAAUACUUUAAAUUGUAAUAAUAUUAGCUGCCUGCUAAAGCAUGGUGUCAACAUCAAGGUCAUGAGUUUGAUUCCAAAUAAAUGAUCACAUGAUUGGUUAAAGUUGCUUAAAAUGGCAUUAAAAUCUGUAAGAAGUUGCUUAAAACAUCUGAAUUAUGUCAUUUCUUCAUCGCUAGCAUCAAUAAACAGAAUUGCAAUUUCCUUUAGACUUGCAUACGUGCAUCUCAUGCCCUGUGUGUGAGCAUUUCCAUGCACAAGUGUUUUCAAUAUCGCAGGGCCGAGCCAUGUUUCUCUUCACCCACCAGCUCUGACACUCACAGACAGGAAGUGGGAAUGGAUGUGAGAUGAACAGAUCACUCUCCUUAUAUCAGAGAGAGAGAGAGAGAGAGAGAGAGAGAGAGAGAGAGACACACACAAAGGAAGAUAGAGGAACUCUCUCUCCCUUGACACUCUCUGCUUUCUCUCCUGCUAGCACUCAUCCCCUUCGCUUCUCGUCUGUUUUCCUCAUUCACGCAGGAAAGGAACACCUACAGGAAUCCAUGAGGUCAUGGGAAAGGGCCGUUAGCCAUUAUAAAAAUAUUGCAUUUCAUACUUCAUGCUUGUAUGCAGUGAAACUUCAGCAGGAUUUAAUUCGGUUAGCCUGCUGCUUUGCUCGUUCAUCCAUCAAACUAAUUAUUGUUUCAAGUUCUAAUUAAGUUGCAAACUGAUUUACAGAAUACACCACCUCUUUCCUGCAGCUUAUCAGACCACGUAGGUGACAGUUUAUUUAGGGAAGUUCUUGGAUUAACGAACAUCAGCUCUCUGCCAUUGAAUGUUAUUUGCAGCUUAUGAUGCAGUCAUGUUGCUGCUCAUGUGACUCCGACGUGUUAAAGGGAUGUUGAUCAGUCAGCAACAAAAAAAAUUUUCUUAAUCCGUAUUAUUACUUGUUUUCCAGUUUAAAACUAUGAACUUGCUUUUCUUACUAAACUGAAUUGAAAUUCAUUCAAAAGUUAGGGCCAGUAAAAAGAAAAAUAUUAAAUUGAUCAAAAGUGACAGUAAAGACAUUUGCAGUGUUACAAAAAUAUUAUAUUUUAAAUAAAUGCUGUUGUUUUGAACUUUCUAUUCAUCAGAGAAUCCUGAAAAAAAAAGUAUCACAGUUUCCACAAAAAUAUUAAGCAGCACAACUGUUUUCAAAAUUCAGCAUCGAAUCAGCAUAUUAGAAUGAAAACAUUCAAAAACAUUGUUGAGUAUCAAGUGUCCCCAACUAAGCAAGCCAAAGGCGAAGGCGACAGCGGCAAGGAACCCGAACUCCAACAGGUCACAAAAAUUGAGAAAAAAACCUUGGGAGAAACCAGGUUCAGUCGAACAGUGCAUGAUUAUGAUUCAGGCAGCGUUACAGGUCAUAAGUCCGAUUGGGAUCGCAACAGUCAAAAUAUUUAUUCCAGUUCCAUCUAGUUGAAGAUCGUAUUCAUCACGCCGGUAUGGUACGGUUUGUUGGGAAUCUGUGCCACUGGCUGUCGUGUCAGUGAGGCCUUCACAGGGGAUGAUCUAGCUGACACAAUCUCUGCUGACACUUCAGGGAUGCGUUGUUGUCGUGUCUUGGCGCAGGUCCUCCAUCUGAUCUGGAUAUGGCCCGGAUCCGGCUGACUACAGUAAACCUCGGAAUAAACAGAGAGACUAAUAUUAACGUAUAUGCCAUGGCAGAAGAAGAAUGCAUUCUUCUUCUGAUGUAACGAGUACAUCUGGUGUUAUAGGAAGUGUUCCCGGUUCCGGCUGACCUAAUUUAUGGAGUCUAACAAUCCUUUAAUGGAUGUGAAAAUAUAAAUUGAUAAUGUGUUAUGUGUAUGCCAGGUUAAAGAGAUGCGUUUUAGUCUAGAUUUAAACUGAUUUAAAGUGUGUCUGCUUCACGAACAAUGCUAGGAAGAUUGUUCCAAAGUUUAGGUGCCAAAUAGGAGAAGGAUCUACCAAUAGGAGAAGGAUCUACCUUGACAGGAAUAAAUUACAUUUGAAAAUAUAUUCAAAUAGAAAACAGUUAUUUUAAAUUCUAAUAAUAUUUCACAAUAUUACAUCCUGCCAUAUAUGGGCUUGUAUUAAAAGAAUAUGACCUUUGAAAGUUAAAAAAACUUGAAAGUUAUUGCUUAAAAUACUUUUCAUUUAUUUAGUUUUUACUCCUCUGCUUCCUUAUCUUAGGUGGUUACUACGGUUUUUACUUACUGUCAAAAAGAGCUCACUCUCAAGUAUUGGUUAUAUCCAUGUCUCUCAGUAUGGCUCUGGUCUUGUCUGUCUUAUAUCUGCCAGACGAAAAGAGUCCAAAACAUCCAAUGCACACACAAACACUGCUGCUUAUGGGAACAUAGACAAAGUUUUGUUUGACUAUACUGAGUGCUUUCUUAACAGCAGUCUGAUAUCUUUGUUGGUAAAUGUUCUUACACUUACCAAGGGAUUCCACCCACUAAAAACACAAACCCAGCAUGUCACAGACACACAUUAGUCCAACUGCAACAUCUACAAAUCACAUCAAGCGUCUUAAUAAGCAAAUCCAGAAUAAAUCACAUGGUUUAUAUAUGAACUUCAAGCUACAAGAGCGUCCUGCUUAACCUGUC